AUGGCCCCAGAAUUCCACGCCGUCACCCCCAUCCUCCGCAUCUUCGACGUCCCCAAAGCCGACGAGUUCUACCUCGAAUACCUGGGCUUUACAACCGACUGGGAGCACCGGCACGACGCCAACGCCCCCCUGUACCGGCAAAUCUCCCACGGCGCUCUCACGCUCCAUCUGAGCGAGCACCACGGCGACGGCAGCCCGGGCGUCAGGCUCCGCAUCUCCACGUCCAACCUUGCCGAGUACCACGCCGCGCUGACAGCAAAGCGCUACCGCUACAUGCGGCCGGGGCUCGAGGACGGCCCGGCCGAGGGGUCCCAGGAGAUGACGGUCCUCGACCCUUUUGGAAACACCCUCAUCUUCUGCCAAGAGGCCAAGUAG